AUGUCGUCCUCUUCAGGCUUCCAGGUAGGGGCAGGAAUGGUUACGAUUCCCACACCCUCCAAGCAGCCGUUACUAUAUGUCACCACGGUCCUCAUGCUCGUCCUGGUGCUUCAUCUUAUGGGAAAGGAGAAGGGGUAUGGCCUGCCUGUUAUCAACCCUAAGAAACCUUUUGAGUUAUCCAAUCGAAGGAGCCUUCUCGAAUGGGGUUUUCACUGCAAAGAUCUGCUCGCAAAGGGAAGGGCUAUGUUUCCCGGCAAACCGUACGCAAUGAUCGUCCCUGAGGGAGAAGUGAUGGUUUGGCCCACCUCGGCCAUCGAUGAAGUCAAGAGUGAACAUGGUCUGGAUUUUGUGGGGAUUUCUCCCGAGGACAGCCAUGGGUACAUCCCAGGAUUUGAGCCAUUCGCUCAACCUACCUUGCCGACUGUCGUGAUCAACAAGUUCCUGAACAAGGCCAUUGCCAAACUUACCCUCACCAUAUCGCACGAGGCAACGCGGGCCCUCAACGAGACUCUACCACCUUGUUCUGAUUGGGUCGAAAUCUCUCCCGCAGAUUACAUUCUUACGGUCAUUGCUCGUGUUUCUACCAUGGUCUUUAUGGGCGAGGAAAUGGCCCAUAACAAAGCCUGGAUCGAAGCAUCAUCUCGAUACGCUCCCUUGGCAUUUGCCACUUCCGACCACCUAGGAACAUACCCAUUUUGGCUUCGUCGUUAUAUUCAUUGGUUCCUCCCGGGUUGUCAGAAAGUUCGCGCCCAGCUUGCUGAAUGUCGCCGACAUCUUCAACCAAUCAUUGAUAAGCGCCGCGCCUUGAAGGCCGUGGCCGCUGCCAAGGGCCAGCCCGAGCCCGACUUGGAUGAUUCCAUCGAGUGGUUUCGGAAGGUCUUGAAGCGCGACGACUUCGACGUGUGCGCUCUUCAGAUCAGCCUUUCCAUGGCCGCGAUUCACACAACUUCCGACUUGAUGCAGUGCACAAUGAUCGAGAUUGCUCGACAUCCGAAGCUGUUCGAAGAACUUCGCGAGGAAAUACUCAAUACACUGCGCACUCACGGCCUAAAGAAAACAGCACUCUACGAGAUGAAGUUGAUGGAUAGUGUGAUCAAGGAGACCCAGAGACUGAAGCCACUCUUGCUCUCCACCAUGCGCCGGGUCGCCACCAAGGAUGUGAAACUCCCCAGCGGCUUCGUCAUCCGCAAAGGCCAGAAGCUUAUUGUUGACAACACCCACAUGUGGGAUGCCGCCUACCAUGAGAAUCCAGACCAAUUCGACCCCUACCGAUUCCUACGGUUGCGCCAGGAACCGGGCAAGGAGAACCUGGCACAGUUAGCAGCCGCCAGCGUGGAACACAUGGGCUUCGGGUAUGGUCUACACGCCUGUCCCGGGCGCUUCUUCGCCGCCAACGAGAUCAAGAUCGUUCUCUGUCAUGUACUUCUGAAGUAUGACUGGAAACUUGCAGAGGGCUGUGACCCGAAGCCUUUCACCUUUGGAUACGCGGUGAUUGGCGACCCUACCACGAAGUUUCUGAUCAAGCAGCGACAGCCGGAGCUCGAUUUGGAUACCCUGGAGGCCUAG